AUGGGUAUUCCAGUUGAUCGAUUUGUAAAUCCAGUUGAUGAAAAUCUAAUCUGUGGUAUUUGUCAUGGUGUAUUUAUUAUACCUGUAGUAACAGAAUGUGGUCAUACAUUUUGUGCUAAUUGUUUAAAAAUAUGGUUAAAUUCAAAAUUGGAACAUUUAAAUCAUUUAACAAUAAGUGAUAAUGAACGAACACGUUUUCAAUUUACAUGUCCAACUUGUCGAACAAAAUUAAAUGUUAAUAAUUCACAACAAAAUAAUUCUAUAAAUUCAGUCGUAAAUACAACAAACAAUAUAAAUAAUCAUAUUAAUAAUUAUUGUUUUCAUGAUAAACCAAAUAUUAAUUUAUUAUCAAUAGCUAGACCAGUACUUGCAUUAAAGAAUUUUUUAAAUUCUUUACAAAUUUAUUGUGAAUAUGCUAAACGUGGAUGUACUACUAUUGGCAGUGUAGAAUUAAUACAUUUUGGUAAUCAUCGACAUGUAUGCGCUUAUGUACCAGUUGAUUGUGCUGGUUGUGGUAGAACAUUAAAUAGAAUUGAAUUAGCUGCUCAUCAAUUAGGCUGUUUUGGUAUACAGGCUGAACUAGGUGAAAUACACCGGGAAAAUAUUAAACUAUCACAAGAAGUACAAUCAACAGUUGAUGUUGGUAUUCAAACUUUAACAUGUUCCUUAGAAGAAGAAGAAGAAUUGAUUCGUCAAAGAAACUGUACACAUUUAACACAAUCCAAAGAGAUAACAACAAAUUUAUGCAGUUCCAGUGUUCAAACAUAUGAUGAAAAUUUAAAAAGUACAUGUGAUUUUCAAGUUCAAACAGACUUCAAUCAUAAUUUCUCUUCGAUAAAAAUUGAUCAACACUAUAAUAACAGAAGUUUACAACUUUUAAAUGUUAGUUUAAUUAAACUUGUUCAUGCACUACGUGUGGAAUUAGACUCAGCUCAAAAUGAAUUAUAUAUGAGGAAUGGGAAAUAA